AUGCCUACUCCGAUGGAAGUUCACCCACCUCUGGCCGAACUAGACGCGAGUCAAACUCCGGAAUCGUCGAGCUCAUCAGUUGACAAUCAAGCUGUUAUCCCACAUACUACUUCGGGCAGUGCGAGUUCUAACAGCUGGGGGGCAGGCGAUUGGCGGAGCCCGAUCUGGGCUUACUUGCAAAAAGGUGAACUCCCAGCUGACAAAUGGGCGGCCAGGAAACUCAAGAUUGUCAGUGCGCGGUAUUGCGUCUACAACGGAAUACUCUUACGCCGAAGUGUAGUUGGUCCUUAUCUAACAUGUGUUGCCGGUAAAGAGUCCGCGAUGCUAAUGCGAGCUGUUCAUGACGGUCCCAAUGGGAAUCACUCCGGAGUGCCAAAAGCACGCCCUGUCGAUCCACCAGCCUACCGAGCUCCUGUCUUCGGUGUCUGCACCUUACCCAUUCAUGAGAUGGUCUAUGGACAUCAUUGGUCCAUUGCAUCGGGAACCAGGAGGAGUUCAGUACGUGCUCGCUCUUACCAAUGGGUGGAGGCAGUGGCCUACGUUAAGGUAACAAGUGAAGAAUUGGAGCAGUUCGUGCUGAAAAGUAUAAUUUAUCGCUACGGUGUUCCCCGCGAAAUCGUCACGGACAAUGGUCCACAGUUCAUCUCCUCGAAGUUCGAAGAGUUCUGCACGAAGUGGAAGAUUCGACUCAAUAAGUCACCUCCUCGUUACCCGCAAGGUAAUGGGCAAGCCGAGGCGAUGAAUAAGGUCAUUCUUGCUAACUUGAAGAAACGGCUCGAUUCUCGCAAAGGGCGCUGGCCAGACGAACUGCAAGGCGUUCUUUGGGCAAUUCGUACAACACCUCGCCGGGCCACUAAUGAAACACCUUUCUCCCUGGUUUACGGAGUUGAUGCCGUAGUCCCAGCUGACAUAGAGGUCCCUGGAGUCCGUACCUCACUGAACCCAUUCCGAGCUGAGGAAAAUGAGGAAUUCCUACAGGAUACUCUCGACACAAUCAAUGAGCGUCGGGACCAGGCCUUAGUUUGGAUCCAGAAUUACCAGAACGCAGUAGCUCGGUACUAUAACUCCAAAAUCCGAGGCAGACCCUUGGCAGUUGGCGACCUAGUCCUCCAAAAAGUCCACGAGAACACCGAGGAGCUCAAUGCAGGGAAGCUGGGAAUUAACUGGGAAGGACCGUACAGAAUUACUCGCGAGGUGCGAAACGGGGUGUAUCAGCUCGAGGAUUCAGAGGGAAAAACAGUCCCGAGGUCCUGGAAUUCCUUACACCUUAAACUCUUUUACAGUUAA